CAUGUUUCCUUGGUUUUCAGGAGAAACCCAUUGGAUCUCAACAAUUUUCCGGAUGAUUUCACCAGAGAUCACGGCAAACAACCACUUGAUGACUCCUCUUCUUCUGCAUCUGGUAUCUACAGGAAAAAGAAAAACGGCGCAAAGGAUGAAAGUGCAAAGGUCUACGAGUGUAGGUUUUGCUCCCUCAAGUUCUGCAAGUCUCAAGCCCUUGGGGGACACAUGAACCGCCAUCGCCAAGAGAGGGAGACAGAGACACUAAAUCGAGCUCGUCAGCUGGUUUUCAGUAACGAUAACCUCCUACCCCAGCUCCCUCACCAACUAGGUGGACAACCAGUGGCACAAGGAGGGUUUCAUCAUCAUCAAGCAGGUUGCAACACAGUUUAUCCUACAAGACUCUUCUCCGGCAAUUCCAGCACCAUUUUACCUCCAGCGCCGUCACAACCUGCAGCUCCACAUAUGUACACUUCCCCAGCAUCUCGCCUCAACAUCCCGUACUCGUCACAGUAUCCACCCUCACAUGACUACUUUGUAGGACAUGUCUUCUCCAGCAACCAACCAUUCAGCCUCCAGAGCAGCAAUGGCAACACUGCACCACCACCCGAUAGUACUACGAACUACACAUGCAUUGGUGCACCUGUCGGACAAAGCUUCCCACUUGGUGGAGGAAGUGGUGGGGGUAGAGACAUGUCACCAUCCCCCGUCAAUCGAUAUCAUCAAGAUGGGUUCUAA